AUGUCGACAAGUCUUCAGGACAGUGCAUCCAAAGAACAACAAGGCAAUUCGUUGUACGCAGCACUCGCCAGGACUACCACAAGGGGAGUAGCUCUUUACUUCUCUCGCCCGGUACGGCUAUUUCGACCAGCCAAAGUGAGUGGUUGGCACUCUCUCCGUGGUCAUGCUAAUAAGCAUGGGGCACCUCUAAGUGUCCAGUACAUAUCCGCGCUCGUGAAAAAGCAAGGUUUCAUGGUAAUUCCAAAACAUUUUGUGCCGCCAAUGGUCGCAAAUGCAAUGCUGGGUACUGUUCUAUGGGCGACCUACACAGAAACAUCUAAUUACCUGGAAGCGCGUCUGGGGACGCAUCCAACUUUUAUCGCUGCGCUUUCGGGCGCCGCUGCUGGUGGCACCCAAGCCUUGAUUGCGGCUCCUGUAGAAAAUACUCGCCUCGUUAUCGAGGGUGGCACCAGUAGAGGAUGGUCUCAUGCAUGGCAAGAAGUCUUCCGAGGAACCGAACCCCCAAAGUCAGCCAGUAGAGCAGACAAUAUCAAAGAGAUAAGACAGGUGAGACAUUGGAUGAAGGAGGUUUCUGAGAUGGCUGGUCGGGGAUGGGAUGGUUGGGGUUGGGGGUGUGCUAAAGAUGUUUGCGGCUUUGCUGCAUUCUUUAUGAUAUUUGAAAUCACUCGUAGAGUGGCAUUAGCUUCCAAAGCUGCAGCGCAAGGCACUGUGCAAAAUUUAUCAAUGAACCCAGAAGAACACUUCUUCGGCCGCCAUUUUCCACGAGCCAUUCAUGGUAUUACCUUAGUGGCAGGAGGGGCAUCGGCGGGUUUGGCAUACGAGAUCCUCAGCAGACCAUGGGACGUAACCAGGCGCACAAUUCAACUAGAACGGACCGGUCAUCCCACUCUGAAACAUUCGCUAUUGGUGAUUGUACAGAAAAUUCGUGGGGAUGGAAUAAUACAUUUUUUCCGUGACCCUUCGAUUGUGGGCAACGAAAACCCGGAAACGUCUAUCACUCGUCGUCGGAUAUAUACCGGCAUUCGAACGCUUGCUCGAGUCGGCCCAUGGGGUUUGGGCUUUUUGGUAUGGGAGGCUUUCGGACCGGGUUUGUCCUGA